GAGAGAAAGAGAGAAAGGGCAGCGGUUUGGUUCAUCCAGCCCACCCUCGUCUUCCCCCCCUUCCCUCUCCUCCUUCCCCGGCCAAGCCGACUACAGCGCACUUCACGCUGGACAGGCCGCUCCCUCUCACCCUCACGCCUCUUUCCCGCACCUCUCCCUUCUCCAUCAAACGGAGGCUACCAAGCCGGACGCCCCCCAACACGCUCGCUCCCGUUGCUGGCCCGCCCCUUCGACCAAACCUUUCAACGUGCGCCCGGGCUCGGAAUAAAGCCCAGGAGAAAAGAAGAGGGGCAGCUAUAGUGCGGCAACCUCGUCAUCUGUCCAGCGCAGCAUUUGCCCGCGUUCGAACAGCUCAACCAACAUCGUGUCAGCAAAGCACGCGCAAUGACGUCGAGGAGAUCUGCCUCGGCGUCCAAGGAGGCAGAGGCAUCGCGCUCCUCUGCCGAGGCGGCCGCGGCCGCGGCUGUGCCCGCCUCUACCGAGCCUACAGAUGAUGGCGGGGCAAAGAGCGCAGCCGAGACGAUGGCGGCAGGCGACACAGCCGAGCAGCAGCAGCAGCACCAAGGAGGGACAGUAAAGGAUGAAGAGGCAGAGCACGAUGAGCAGGACGAGGAAGAGGAGGAAGGGACGAGCAGCGGGCAAGGGUCCGAAGAAGCGGAUGCCUCGACAAAGGGGGCAGCAAAGGGGAAGAAGAAGCAGCCUUCGAAGCGCAAGGUCAAGGGCGCCGCCGCUGCAGCACGAGCUGCUCGGAUAGCAAAGACGCACCAGAGCAGCAAGACUGCCAAUGGAAACGGCGACGAGGGGGCUGUCGAGGAGGAAGGAGCGGCCAAUGAGACAGACGAUGUUGAGAAAGCGGCGCAGGGGAGUACGGCUGUCAAGGCAGAGGAUCCCGCUGAGGAAGGCCUGGCCGUCGAGGAUACAGGAAGAGGGCCCCAGUCAAGGAGCCACUCGAGCGAGACUGGCCAGUCAAGCCGGAAUCGAUCCACGUCCACCUUCAAGGAGCUCGCUGGUCUUGGGCUCGGCAAGCUCGGAGACGGCGAGGAGGAGCCGCUGAUGCCAAGGAGAAGCCGGCGCAGCGGCGCCAGCCCCAACAACGCCAAGCCUUCCUCGGGAGACAGCGGCAACGAUGAAGACGAGGAGAGCAACGGCAGUGCGAGACAGCAAGGCCAAGAAGCCCCUUUGCCAAAUGACCAGGAGCAGCAGGGCGCUGAUACCGGAGUUGGAGUCGAAGCUAAUGGCGAAAACGACGACGAAGACGACGACGAUCAAAAAGCAGGCGGCCAAUCCAACCUUAAGAAGGAAGGGGCAGCUGCCGAAGAGGCACCCGACGAUGGCGAUCAGUCUGGCGGCGACACGCAGGAGCCCAGCUACGACGAGGAAGAGGUCAACGAGGAGGGCGUGACACGCUGUGUAUGCGGCAGUGCCGACGAGAAUGUGGGCCUGAUGAUCCAGUGCGAGACGUGCAAGUGCUGGCAGCACUGCAUCUGCAUGGGCAUGCACACCGAAGACGAUUGCCCCGACGUGUACUUUUGCGAGCAGUGCCGGCCGGAGCUCCAUAUCCCUCUGCUGCGAAGCUUGGGGGUGCUGCCUCCCCCACGGAGCCACAAGAAGGGUGCAAGCAAGGUGCAGGGUCGCAACGUCUCGCGCGACUCGACGAGGGAGCUGCGCGAGGCAAAGGAGGCUGUCCUCACCCUGGCAAAGGAGAACGAGCGGCGGCGAAAGGAGGGCCUCGCACCUGUCACGGGCUGGAGCGUGGCACAAGGCCAGCAUGCGCCCCAGCAUCCAGACGACGAGUACGGCACACUGCACCACGAGGUCAACGCAGGAAGGAGGAGCUCUUCGCAGCAUCGCAGACAGACAUCCGAGGCUCAGAACUGCAACUCGAGGUCGCAGAGCCGCGACGAUGAGCAUGGGCGAGCACUGACGACGCCAAAGAGCCCGCCUAAGCGGAGGAGCACGAUGAACAGCCGCGACUCUGCCUAUGGCUGGGAACCGAUACCGCCAGGAUUGCUAAACGAGGAUGAGAACUGGGAGGGGCCUCGGUCAGCACAUUCCUCGUCGAACAAGUUCGACUUUGACGAGGACAGGUCGGGGGGCAAGAAGCGCAAGCGACAGAGGGGCUCGGGCGAAGGCGAAGAGGGCGAUGAGAACCAAGACCAGUCUCCCUCGGCAGGCGCUGACGGCGGUGCAGACGAGGGCGUCAAGAGGAUGAAAGUGGAACGACCGCCCAACGACUAUACGAUUGAAGAGGAGGAGGAAGCAGAGGGUGCCGAGCCGGAGGACGCAGAGCACGACGAAGCACGCACGGCUACAGCACCGACAGAGGCCCAAGCUCAAGCAUCGGCCGCAAAGAAGAGUAGCGGCGGCGGCGGCGGCGCCAAGCGUGCCAAGCACCCUAAUCAAUACACGGCCAGGCGUGCCAUGGCGGCUGCCAAUGCGGCCAACGGUGGUCAAACUGGCUCGGCAAGCCCCAGUCCGUCGAAGCGACACCUCGACAGCGUGAGAAAGGCUGCCCUGCGCGAUAGCACGGCAGCGAGCCGUAUGGGGACACCCACGCCAGGCGAGGGCUCCUCGUCUCGCAAUGCCAACCACCCCGGCGGGCCGUGGGGUAUGCCGGAGCAUCUCAGCCACCUGGCUUGGCUUCUCCCCACAACAGCUCCCGAGACGCUCAACGUCAGCGUCCCUUCCACCAAGGGAGUUGCCGGGUCGCAGCCGCGCAACGUUGCCGCACUUGAUGCGUCAAAUGCAACACCAGCCAAAGCAGGGCAAAGGGUGCAGGCGUCGCCCCAGCCGUACCACGUCGUGGCGCUGCAAGAGUCAUCGACCAAGGUCCGCUUUCCUGCGAAGCGGACGACGAUGGGCGAGAUGCGCAAACGGGUGCGGAAUAUCUCAGACUACGUUACCAGGAUCCAGAUCGAGGCUGCUGAGAGGGAAAAGCGGAUGAGAUUCUUGGGCAUCAGCGUCGAGGAAGAGGUCGCGAAGGAAAGGGAACGCAUGGAGGCGAUACGAGAGGGCGAGAAGGAGGAGCAAGAGGCCGUCGCCCGAGAGGCAGAGAGCAACGCUCAGGGGGAGAGCGAAAAGCAGGACAUCCUUGACAAAGACGGCGAUGCGCAGAUGAACAGCGACGAGGUCCAGGCUGCUACUGCUGCCGCUAGCGAGACUGACAAGGGCAAUGGGCAGCAGGAGUCCCCUGUGGCGACAGGUGCCAACUCGACCGAAGUGGCACCGACGCCUGAGUCUGCGUCCAAAUCGACCGAAGAGGGCGAAUCCGGCUCUGACGCCGCUGCUGCCACCGCAGCAACUGCCGCUCGCACAGGUACAGCCCCACUGGUCCGACCGACGAUCGGAGCCGACUCACGAGCGACAGACAUCAGCCUUUCGAGCAUGCUCCUCGUCGACGAGCUGACCCGCGAGCUCGUUUCCUUCCAGGCAAAAUAUGGCACGGCCGGUCUCAGCUUCUGAUGUCCAAUCUUUCUGCCUCUCUCUCUCGUCACUGUAGCACCCGCAUCUCAUCCAGCUCUCUUGACUCCACGGAACCUGCGCUAUGGAAACUUUGAAAGUUGUUGUCUACUACUUGUACAAGUCUUUUGAAUUUCGCACCAACCAACCCAUCCUCUCCGUUACCUGAACCAUCUCUUCGACCUCAUUGCAGGCCCAGCUCCCAUGUCCUGCACUCUUGCUGUCCGAUGUCGUCUUCCUCUCUGCCGCUUGCACCCUUUUGUGUCACGUCUUGCCACGAUGGCUUCCAUCCAAGUGUCCUCCGAUGCUCGUAGCCCUUCCAGAGGGUCUUGUCGAAUGCAAAGCUCCGCCAGACCUUGAAGCCCUUUUCUGAUGACGCCAAUUCACGGACGGCCUGAAGCUGCGUCUGACUGGGGGGAUGCUGGCCCUUUGGCAGCGCGGGUGCCGAUCGAAUCGUCGGUUCGCAAACG